AUGACAACUUUCAAGCAAGUUCCUCUCACAUGCGGUGGCCAUACUAGACCAGUCGUGCAUUUGGAUUUUAGUGACGUUACAAAAGAUGGGUAUUAUUUAAUUUCGGCCUGCAAAGAUGGCAAACCCAUGUUGCGGCAAGGUGAGACUGGUGAUUGGAUUGGUACUUUUGAGGGUCAUAAAGGAGCAGUGUGGGGAGUAGCUUUAACACAAAAUGCCAAUCUUGCUGCAAGUGGAGCAGCUGACUUUUCAGCAAAGUUAUGGGACGCUAGAUAUGGUGAGGUGGUGCACACAUUUGACCAUGAGCAUAUAGUAAAGAGCGUCAACUUUAAUGCUGACGACACUAUGUUACUCACGGCUAGCAACGAAAAACUAAUUAGAGUUUUCGACUUAAACAAACCUGAGGCUGGAGCUCUGGAGAAGUUCACAGCACAUACAAAUAGUAUUAGACAUGCAGUGUUUCUGCUCAAUUCACGCAUAGUCAGCGUGAGUGAUGACCUGACGAUGCGAGUAUGGGAUCGUAACAGUGGACAGGAGGUUCAGAAAGUAGAAUUUCCAACCAUACCCAACAGUUUAGAAUUGUCAAGGGAUGGCGCGAUAUUGACGGUGGCAUAUGGUACAAAUGUAUCAUUUUAUUCUUCGGACACGAUGCGGAAGAUGCGCGAGUUUUCGGUGCCCACCAAAUGCUUCUCGGCGUCGUUGGCACCCAGCCGUGCUAACUUCGUCUGCGGCGGUGAGGAUCUCAAAGUGUACAAAUUUGACUAUAAUACCGGCACUGAGCUUGAAUCGAACAAAGGGCACUUCGGGCCGGUGCACUGCGUGCGGUGGUCGCCGGACGGCGAGCUGUACGCGACGAGCUCGGAGGACGGCACGAAGUGGCGGCCAACUGAUAUCACUCUCCCUUCCAAAGGGAUAAAGAGUGACAGUGACAAAGCGUUCAAAAUUGGAUACUUGGUGGCAGCACUGCUGUUGUGUUGUGUUAGUGUCACCAGGCCCUGUGUUUAUGAACUUAAGGGGGACUAG